AUGGGAGAUGAAGAUUGGGAAGCAGAAAUAAUCAAACCUCAUAUGUCUUCCUACGUUCCUGUAUUUGAGAAGGAUAGGUAUUCUUCUGGAGCAAAUGGAGAUGCUUUUAACAGGACUCCAGCUUCAUCAUCAGAAAUGGAUGAUGGACAUUCUCAAAGAGAUCCUUUCAUGAGAAGUGGAUUUGCAUCUGGGAGGAGUUUGGGAAACAGAAAUUUUUCAAAUAACAAGUUUGAAGAAGGUGAUAGCUCUGGUUUCUGGAGAGAGUCUACUAAUGACUGUGAAGAUAAUCAAACACGGAACAGAGGAUUUUCCAAGAGAGGUGGCUAUCAAGAUGGAAAUGAUUCUGACGCUUCAGGGGCAUCCAGAAGAGGUGGAAGAGGUAGUUUCCGAGGUUGCCGUGGAGGAUUUGGUCUAGGAAGUCCAAGUAGCAAGUAUGAACAGGAUGAGGGGACACAGCGCACUGGUGGCCUUUUUGGUUCUAGAAGACCAGCAUUAAGUGGCACAGGUAACGGUGACAGUUACCAAGGCAGAAGUGGCAGUGGAAGUGGACGAGGUGGUUACAAAGGUUUAAAUGAAGAAGUAGUAACAGACUCUGGAAAGAAUUCUUGGAAGUCAGAAGCUGAAGGAGGAGAAAGUGGUGACACUCAAGGCCCAAAAGUGACCUACAUACCACCUCCCCCACCUGAGGAUGAGGACUCCAUCUUUGCACAUUAUCAGACAGGCAUAAACUUUGACAAAUAUGAUAAUAUUCUUGUAGAAGUGUCUGGACAUGAUGCUCCACCAGCAAUUCUGACUUUUGAAGAAGCUAAUCUCUGUCAGACACUGAAUAACAACAUUGCUAAAGCUGGUUAUACUAAGCUUACUCCUGUGCAAAAAUACAGUAUUCCUAUUAUACUAGCAGGACGAGAUUUGAUGGCUUGUGCUCAAACAGGGUCUGGAAAGACUGCAGCUUUCCUCUUGCCAAUUUUGGCUCAUAUGAUGCGUGAUGGAAUAACUGCCAGUCGUUUUAAAGAGCUGCAGGAACCAGAGUGUAUUAUUGUAGCACCAACUCGAGAAUUGAUCAAUCAGAUCUAUUUGGAAGCCAGAAAAUUUUCUUUUGGGACUUGUGUAAGAGCUGUUGUGAUAUAUGGGGGAACCCAGUUGGGGCAUUCAAUUCGACAAAUAGUGCAAGGCUGUAAUAUAUUAUGUGCUACUCCUGGGAGACUGAUGGAUAUCAUAGGUAAAGAAAAGAUUGGUCUCAGACAAGUCAGAUAUUUAGUUUUGGAUGAAGCUGAUCGCAUGCUGGAUAUGGGUUUUGGACCAGAAAUGAAGAAGUUAAUUUCCUGUCCAGGAAUGCCAUCAAAGGAGGAGCGUCAAACCCUUAUGUUUAGUGCAACUUUUCCAGAAGAAAUUCAAAGGUUGGCUGGGGAGUUUUUAAAGGCGAAAUAUUUGUUUGUUGCUGUCGGACAAGUGGGUGGAGCAUGUAGAGAUGUUCAGCAGACCAUUCUCCAAGUUGGCCAGUACUCGAAAAGAGAAAAACUUGUUGAAAUUCUACGAAACAUAGGUGAUGAAAGAACUAUGGUCUUUGUUGAAACUAAGAAGAAAGCAGAUUUUAUUGCCACUUUUCUUUGUCAAGAAAAAAUAUCAACAACAAGUAUUCAUGGUGAUCGGGAACAGAGAGAGAGAGAGCAAGCUCUUGGAGAUUUUCGCUGUGGAAAGUGCCCAGUUCUUGUUGCUACGUCAGUAGCUGCCAGAGGGCUGGAUAUUGAAAAUGUUCAACAUGUUAUCAAUUUUGAUCUUCCUACUUCCAUUGAUGAAUAUGUUCAUCGAAUUGGGCGUACUGGUCGUUGUGGAAAUACUGGCAGAGCUGUUUCCUUUUUUGAUCCUGAAUCAGAUAGCCAUUUAGCACAGCCUCUAGUGAAAGUACUGUCAGAUGCUCAACAGGAUGUUCCUGCAUGGUUGGAAGAAAUUGCCUUUAGUACAUAUGUUCCUGGCUUCAGUGGUAGUACAAGAGGAAGUGUGUUUGCAUCAAUUGAUACUAGAAAGAAUUACCAGGGCAAGAGCACUUUGAACGCAGCAGGGUUUUCUUCUUCACAAGCUCCCAAUCCAGUAGAUGAUGAGUCAUGGGAUUAAAGCUAAAACAACCUUCAAGUUUGUGGUACAGUUUUGAUGCAGAGAAGAAAUAGUUUUUUGAUUUUUGAGUUAACAGAAGUGUGAAACCUGACACCCUGGUAUCUUCUGUCCUAUUCUUACUCCCACCCUUAAAAAAAAGUCCUUACUGACUAGUUAUGUGAAAUGCUAAAAGUUACAACGUUGCAGUUACUGAUAUAAAUAGUGUUAACUGGAAAGAUUAAAGCAUUCUAAAUGUCUUGCUUAUUUCUAGUGUAUUCUUCAGCAGUUUAGACACGUUUAUGUCUAAAUGCUAAC